CUUAAACAUAACUCUGAUUUCAAAAGUGCCAUGCUAUUUAGUUUAAGGUUAUCUCGUAAAAGAUUACAGUUUUUCGUUUCUUCUCCCAACGCCAAUUCUUCUUUCGCUUUGGCUUCGUAACAAGUUGUUACAGUUACUUUGCUCGUCUUCUCUCAAUUCGUGGUUCUUUUUCUGAGUAAUAUUGAUAGUGUAUUUCUCCUUCUUCAGGUUAAUUUGUUUUAACUGGAGGGAGUGUUGGAUUCCUUUUACCUAGGAAUACUGCAACACUGAGCACUGGUGUGCUCUUUGGUGGUGAUUUACUGUUCCUCAGUACCCAUAGCUUGAAGGUUCCAAAGGCAAGGAAAAUCAAGUUUACCAUUUAUUCUAGGACAAGAAGAUAGGAUACUGAUUGCUGAAGAAGAGGUACUUCAACACGUUAUAUUUGGUUGAGAAACUACUGUUACAGAAUAUGAAAGUGGAAGAGGUGAAUCGAUGUCAAAUUCAAGAGUGGUAUCCAAAGUUCAAAUCUGUAUCCAUCAAGACUGUAAUUCAUCAACUCCCCGAGUCAUUUAUUCAGUACCUUCUUGACGACUCAGGGCCCUUCCUCUUACCUGCUUCUGUCUUAAAUGAAGAUGCAUUACCCAAUAGAAUUCAUAAUCCAAUUGAGGAAGAAGAUUUUCAGGUUUCAGAGGGAUCUGGGGACGAAGCAGAAGAUUCUCCACAACCUUCUUUUCCAGAACUUGAAUUGAAAAUUAAGGAAUCUAUUGAGUCCCUUGGGGGUGCAGUCUUUCCCAAGCUGAAUUGGAGUGCUCCAAAAGAUUCAGCAUGGAUAAGUACUGCUGGUAGCCUUCGGUGCACCAGUUUCAGUGAGAUUGCCCUUUUAUUUCGAGCAUCUGACUCAUUGGUCCAUGACUUGUGCCAUGCGUAUGAUUCAUGCCAGGAUAAAUCUUCAACUAGGCCCCAUAAUUUCUUUCUUGCACUCCAUAAAUGGUAUCCAUCCCUUCAGCCAGACAUGGAAUUUCGAUGUUUCAUACGAGAUCAGAAGUUAAUUGGAAUUUCUCAACGUGAGGUUACUACUUUUUAUCCUAUUUUGCUUGAAAAGAAGAAUGAUCUCCUUUCAUUGAUACUAGCAUUCUUUAACAAUUACGUGAGGGCUAAAUUUGAGUCAGAAAACUAUACAUUUGAUGUUUAUAUCACAAAGGAUGAGAGAGUUAAGAUUGUGGAUUUCAACACUUGGGGUGCCUUUACAUUGUCCUUGUUGUUUGCAUGGGAUGAAUUAGAGCGUAUUUACAGUGAAGGAAAUGAUGUGGAGUUUAGAAUUGUGGAAGAUCGUUGUGCUGUUAGGCCAGGCCUUAAAACAGCAGUGCCUUUUGAUUACUUGGAUACGAGUGAGGGCAGUGGUUGGGAUCAAUUUCUAAGGAGUGCAGAUGAAGAGUUCAGACAACAAUUUGCAGAAGCUGGUGCAUGAUAAUCAACUGCUGUUUCUCUAAAUUAUCACUUAAGGUAGCAAAUAAAAAGAAGUAGCUUUUUAAUUGAUAUUUUGAGUUUUUUGACAAAGAGGAAAACUCUUUUGAAAGCAUUAUCGCAUGGAGGAGGCGAAUUUCUGGUUUAACAUAAAUCUUAGUCCUUAUGAUUAUUAAGUUUAUUUUGGUGGACUUCAAACAUAAGAUAUUUUUAAUUGAAGUUUUUCUGUUGGUCAUUGUAAGCUGUUACCAAUUUCAGGCCUUCGGAUAAUUAUGUGUUGAAACUCAGAGGCACACGAACAUCUGUAGUGACAAAUGUGUGCUAUGGUGCUUACUUUGUACCUAAGUAUUUUUGAGAAAAUUUAUCAUGUGUUGGGUGUAUUUUUUAUACGAAGAAAUGAGUUGCUUCUAUAUGUUUGUA